AGUGGUGUACCCAUAAAAUCUCAGCUCCUAUAUAAUCCCAGGAUCAGACUUGUCUUUUCUCAUUCCGAACAUUACAAAAUAUCUUUUUUUAUAUAACAUCUUUAGUUGAAUUUGAAGGUGCAACAUGACUUCUUUCAAGAAUUUCCUCUUUGUUUUCUUCAUUGCUUUUGCAUUUUCAGGCAUAGACGUUGGACUAGCUGCUCGAAAUCUUCUGCAAAUGCCACCAUUGCCCUCCAUGCCAAGUUUGCCAAAGCCAACAUUGCCACCAUUGCCAAAUAUUCCAACUCUUCCCCAGCCUACAUUGCCAACAUUGCCAACGACCCAAUCUUCUCUGCCUAAACCAACACUCCCUCCACUUCCUAGUUUGCCCACCAUGCCUACUCUUCCGAAGGUUACUUUGCCUCCAUUGCCAAGCAUGCCUUCAAUCCCCAUUAUUCCAACUACAAUUCCCUCUAUUCCUUUCCUCUCUCCACCACCAGCUGGGAACUAAGCAUCCUUCAUGUUGUUAUCUUCUUUACUUUAUGGUCGGCUUGCAGAGUACUAGAUAUUGGACUACAUACACCUAUGGAUUAGUGUAUUAUUGUGUUUUUCUUUGAUUUCGUUUUAUUUGUGACACACAAUAACUUGUUCAUUUAUUUUCUUUUAAUUUAUUUUUUGUAUUUGUAUUGUUCUAA